CUCUCGGGAAAAAAAACACACCCUACAUUUCUGAAAUUGUAUCUCCUCCAACUCCACCAUUAAAAUUGAAACUCCACCGUUUGCAUAUCUCCGUGCGGCCUUGUGUUUCUGAGUCUCUCCUCCGUCCCUCAAUUUCUACAUCCAUCUCUCACCUUCUCAAGAGCAGAAUGGCAAAAAAGAGAAUUCAUCUAGCCAACUCCACUUGAGUGGUACACAAGGCUUGGUUUAUUGGAAUCAGGAUACAAUUCUUAAGCUUCUGUGUUGCAUAGACUAUGGCGCGCUUGAAAAAGAAGGGAACUGGGAAUACUGCUGAAGCAGCCUCAGUACCAGUAUCAUCUGAAAAUAGAACUCCAAAAUCAUUAAAGCCCAAACCUAAAAUUUACAGGAAAUCUCCAAUUGAUAGUGUUAUAAAGAUCAAUGAAGUGGAAGGGACUUCACAGGUUCAAAGAGCAAAAAACAAGAGGAGGAGAACGAGAGCCUUGGGGAGCAUAAAAACAAGUACCAAUAAUGAAAAAGAGGAUGUGAAGAAUCUAAAUAUGAGGGAAAUGAAACAAAAGAACACUAUCAAUGUGGAGCACUCUGAAAAGAACCAAGAAGCUAUCAAGUUCAAAGAAAAUCAAAUGAACAAAGAAAAGCAAAUUGUGUUGCAAAAGAAGCAACGUAAUGGAAAGAACAAAGAAAAGUUGGAAAAAAAUGAACGCGGUCAAAUGAACAAAGAAAAGCUUGGUCAGCUGGAAAGUCAACAGAAUGAAAGGAAAAAAGAGAAGCUCGGUGGUUUAAUUUUCAUGUGUAAUGCAAAGACAAAACCAGAUUGUUUCCAUUAUCGUGUCAUGGGUGUACCAAUGAGCAAGAAAGACCUUGUGUUGGGAGUCAAACCAGGGCUCAAGCUUUUUCUCUAUGAUUUUGAUCUCAAGCUCAUGUAUGGGAUCUAUAAGGCAUCAUCUUCUGGUGGCAUGAAACUUGAGCCAGCAGCUUUUAAGGGGGCCUUCCCUGUUCAGGUGCGCUUUAAUAUUCACCGAGAUUGUUAUCCCCUCCCGGAGAGUGUCUUUAGAAGGGCAAUCAAGGAAAACUACAGUGAAAAGAACAAGUUUGAUACGGAUCUUACUGUCCAACAAGUUAAGAAGCUCAUAGAACUUUUCAGGCCUGCUGAAUUGCAGUCACGUGCACCACCCAUCCAACCCGCUCCAAUGAUGAUAAUUCACAAUAGGAAAGUGAAUGAGGGAGCAGGAGAAUCUUGGGCUUAUCAACAGGGGGAAUCUUUGACUAGAGAUCCUCAUACCCAUGUGCUCUCUUAUGAAGGGGAUCAGCAUUUAACAUACGGAGAUGUUGCUUCAACAGGGAGAGAAGAUUUUUCUCAAGAUUAUUUUCCUAGUGAAAAGGAAUAUCGAACUUACGGUCUUCGUAGAGAGAGACAGAACUUCACUCCUACCGUGGAGCCUCACUCAGGGGGCCAUGUAAGAGAGCACCUCCUGAUGCACCCAGGUAAUAUCUAUAGGGACACUGCCUCCGCACAAGGACAAGCCACUCAUCACGAUCCACUUUUAGCUACUGAGAAACAGUACCAAACUUACGGUCUUUUUCCUAGACAAGAAUUGCAGUCUUCAACUCCCCUUGCAACCACAACUACUACAUCUAUGGUGGACUCUUACUCGAAGGUUCCAUAUUAUACUUACCACUAUGGUGGUUCAUUUCAAGACCCAUAUCGCCCACCUUCAAGGAGAGAGGAAGUCCCUUCAGGUACUUAUUCUCUCAGUGGAAGGGGAGAAAUGUACCUGUCUGAGACUGAUCAUUUACAAAGGAAAGAAAUUUACCCAACUCAGACUGAUGACCAUUCAUGGAGGGGAGAAUCUUAUCCAACUGAGAUCGUUCGCUUAGGAAGGAGAGAAAAUGAUGAUGCAGGGAUGUUAUACUCAACCUAUGCUUCGAAUGCUCUGUCCGACUAUAACCGACUUCACAAUCAUCAAGGGCCUAGGCCUGAAGCCUCACUUGCCCCCGUUUCAUCGCAGUACUUUUUUGGUAGUCCAUCAUUGUCCCGUCGCUGAUCCAAGCCUUCAUCCUUCUCACUCUCUCUCUGCUUUUUCUUUUUGUUUUUAAUAUGAUUGACAAUGCACAAUGUAGGCACUACUUCUCUAUGAACUUUUAUCAGGCAAGAUGCCUUGGAGUUGAGAACAGUAUUUUUGCAUAACAUCAAUUUGUCUGCAUGUAAUAUGAAGUACAUGGAAAAUUAGGGGAAAAAAGAAAAAAAAAAACGUGGGCGACUCUGCUGUAGCUGAUUUUGACGAAGGGUUUUCUGGUCAAAGUUGUCAGGUAAUAAUAGUUCGACUUAUAACUGAACAUUAUGUUUUUACAUGCUUUCCUUUGAAAUUGGUUCAUCUGGGCAUAGAAUUCUGGUUGAUGCUGUGAUGGUGAACUGCUGCACUAGUAGCUUGUUUAUGCAUAUAUAUCGACUCAGGAUACUACUGUCCUUUAGCUUUCUUCUCAAGUUUCUGGGGGAAUAGUCACUUGUAUUAUCAUAUCAUCCAUCAUGAUAUCAGAUUUUUUUUGCAA